CUUUUUAGAAAUUGUUAAAACAUGAAAUCAAAGCGAGCGAUAAUUAACUUGAAUGAAGAUGAAGAAGUGGAAGAUGAUGCGAUGUUUGAUGAAGAAGAAGCAAGAAUGAAAGCUGCACAGUUGGAGAGAGAGAUUGAAGAGCAAAAUAAAUUUGAUUGUCUUUGCGACGGUGUGAAUAAUUGUUUGUCAAUGGUGGAUAGUUCAUUCAGUGAAUUACUUGAUUUGAAAGAUGAAUUAUUACAACAUGAGUUGCCACCGAGUUUGCUUGUUGCGAUCACGCUUGUGACUGGUAAAAUGUUCAGAAGUAUCACUGACCUUCAUACACCUAUACAAGAAUUGACAAGACUCGUCAAUAUAUAUUCCAUACCAUGGGAACAAAGAAGUGAAGCCUUAAAAAAACUACACACUGAUUAUGAAAGCAAGCAACGGCAACUUAAUAUUGCAAUUCGUCGUCUGCAACUAAUUGACGCACACACCAGAAGACUGGACAUGGAAAAACGAAUAAUGAACUGGGAGAAAGCAUUUGCAAAAGUGACAAGUUCAAAGACUCAUGGAAGAAGAUGGAAAUUUUUAAUUGAAGCAUUUAAAAAGAAGCUAAAAGAUGGAGUAAAUCUACAUGAACUCGAAGUUGAACUAAGUGAUGAUGAAUCAGAAUUAGAUCAAGAUGAACCAGAACACAUCGUUGAUGAUGGUGUGUCAGAGAAGCAGAGGUUUAUGUUGUCUGUUAUAACUGCAUCACCACCUGCUGAUGAUGAUGGAACACCACAAGCUGGUUCAGAUAUUGAAAGUGAAGCAGACGGGAUUCCAUCAGAAAUAUCGGAUAGUACCGGAAACGUAGACGAUGGGAGUCCGGAUGUGAAGCAACGGAAGCGUGGCGUGAGCUUUGGACCAGAAUCUGAUGAACCUGAGAUUCGAGAAGUGAUUCGUGAAGUUGUGGUAAAACCUCCAUCUGAAGAUAAAUCUGUGUGGACCCAUGAACCAGAGUUCGACCAACAUCUUGUUGUAAGGAUAUUCAGACCUGUGGAACUUAAAGAUGAUGAAGGUUUAGAUCUUUCAUGUAAUGUCAGUUUUGGUGGAAUCAACAAAAAGACACCAACACUUGCUUCAUCAUCAGCUCACCACACGCCUCAAACAAUGGAACAAGUUGUACAAGCUGAAGAAGCAGAAGUUGAGCUUAAAUCACAAGGAAAACUUGGGGGGAAAUCUGGAAGAAGGAAAUCAAUUGGAUUCGCCAAAACACCUUCUAGUCCAGCAGUUCCAUCCUCACCAAGCAAGGUUGCCGCAAAGCCAAGCAGUAUUUUGAAGAAAGUAAAAGUUGAUGAUGAACCUUCAGAUGCUUUGAAUAUAAAUCGCAGCAAAUAUCAAGAAGUUAUGUUUGAUGUUGGAGAUAAAACAGAUGCCCUGAGGAUUUCAGUACACCAAGGUGAACAAGCUAAAAUGAUUGCCAUGGCAACAAUAACAUGGGAUGAAAUACAAGAGAAGAAAUUUCGAAUUAAAAUGGAUGAAGACAAUUCAUCCUCACAACAUAAAGAAAAAACAACAAACAAUGAAACUGGCAAGACUGAAAGUGAUGAGAGAGAUGAACUUACAUUUGAAGAUAGAUUAGCAAAUGAUGAACUUUCUAUGCUUCCUCUACAAGGAAUAAAACUAGGGAUAGGUGGACACAGCCAUGGUGUGUUGGGUCAACUACCUGUACUGUGUUAUUGGGUAAUGAAUGAGAAAAUGCGAUAUUCUGAUGUUCAAGUUAAUACUGAUGGGAUAAGGGAAUUAGUACAAGAUGUGACAGGAGUUGACAUGAAUGAAAUCACUAAAGAUGAGCUUGUAAAGAUGCUGAGUAAGGAAUACAAUGAUGUUUGCACAUCAGCCAUGUCAUUUGUCUCAUCAUCAUCACAUAAAUCAGGGUUCAUUCCAGUUGAGGAAAUUGAAGUAAUUCGUGAACAACAUGAUUUAGAACUUAAGAAUAUUCAAGAUGAAUAUGAGGUUAAGGUUCAACAGCUGCUUGUUGAAGUGGAACGAUUACAAACUUCUCAAACACAGAUGUUUGUACAACCUGCUAUAGAUGGCGAAAGUCGUUAUGAAACAAAGGACAAAGUUGAUCAUAAACAUCAAAAACUACCAGGAAUCCCAAGACCUCCAAGUCCAGAGGGACGACCACAUUCACCCAGCAGUCACUGGAGGGCACCAAAGAUACCACAACUUCCUGACUGGGGAGCUAAUUUACCCAAAAAUGUCUGGGUAAGAAUGCGAUUGUUAACAGAGGAAAUGAUUAUUAAACGUCAACAAUUAGACGCAAGAAUAAGGAGUCGCAUCGCAUCAAAUAUAGAAAAGAAGUUAGCCUCUCAAUAUAAAUUACAAAGAUCAGAAAAGAACUUUCACGGUCCACUACAAGAUGUUAGUCUACCGGCUUUGUUCAUGCCAUCAAAGGGAGGAAAUGUUUACAACCCACGUGCACAUCAAUAUUUUCAUCCAACCGGAACAUCGGGUGAACUUCGGUUGACUCAACCACCAUCAAUAUUUCAACUACCACCCUUACCAGAAAAAGCUAAAUUAUCAGUUGUUAACUUGUUUGAAUUAAGCAAGAACUUUCAGCAUCCUGCAACUGCUGAUUGGUUAACACGUAUUGCAUCUGCUCCAUCCAGAGGUUCUCGUGCCACAACUGCUGGUUCAAGAAUCACACCGCACACACCAGCACCUACAGCUAACAUACAACCAUCUGAUGUUUGUUAAAAGAUUUAGAGUCCCAGUACGCAUUGAGAGCUACCUUUUGCACCCUUAGCAAUUCCAAUGUAUUUUGAUUACCACACUGUGAUACUUUUUAUUUACUGUUUAAACAUAUCUAAGUUAAAAUAAUGAAGACUUUGCUUUUGUCUGUGCCUGCAAUCAUGUGUUCCCAAUAAGAAAUGUUAUACUUAUCUUGAUAUACCAAGCUUUCAAAUAAAACAUUUGUUGUGUUAGGCCUACCGUACUUUACA